AUGUCGCGCUUCCUUGGGCGACUCUCUCGCACGCCUUCGACUCCCUCGAUCAAGAGCCAGGCCUCUGCUGAGCCUCUGCCCCCUAAGACGUCGGAACUCCUCACCAAGCCUGCACCGGGAUGCACUCCAAAGCCAAUCGAGCCCUUGACGGCUGAGCAGCAGCAAAAGGUUACCGAUCUUGAAAAGUACAUUCGCCAGAUAUCGGUCGAGCAGCCUCCCAAGGACGACUACAAGAUCUGGGAGGACAAGUGGUUGAACGAACACAACCUCUACCAACGCUACCUUCGUGCUGCCAAGGGUGAUCUCGAGAACGCCAAAAAGAGGAUCAAGUCGACGCUCGAGUGGAGAAGAGACUUCCGUCCCGAGAUCAUCGCGCCGGGCAGCGUCUCUUCCGAGGCUGAAACGGGUAAACAAAUUGUUUCGGGUUUCGACAACGAUGGUAGACCGCUCAUCUACCUCAGACCGGCAAGGGAGAACACUACCCCCAGCGACGCGCAGGUCCGUUACCUUGUCUGGACCUUGGAGCGAGCAAUCGACUUCAUGCCACCGGGUGUCGAGAAUUAUGCCAUCAUCAUCGACUAUCAUAAGGCCACCUCCCAAUCCAACCCUUCCCUCUCUAUGGCUAGAACCGUCGCCAACAUCCUCCAGAACCAUUACGUAGAACGCCUCGGCCGAGCAUUCAUCGUCAACGUGCCUUGGUUCAUCAACGCCUUUUUCACCGCCAUCACCCCCUUCCUCGACCCCAUCACAAAGGAAAAGAUCCGCUUCAACGCCAAUCUCUCCGAGUUUAUCCCGGCUGAACAGCUCGAUGCCGAGUUUGCCGGGGGCAGGUAUAAUUACGAAUGGGAUUUCCAAAAGUACUGGAAUACGUUGAUCGAGGUUGGAAAUAUUGCAGAGGACGGCACUCGCAAAGCUGACAAGCCUGCGCAGGAACCGAAGCAAGUCUCAGCCAGCGACGAGGCUGUGCAGAAACACGCUGAUACCAUUGCAGCUUCGCAGCUCACCGAGGAAGGCGCCACCGUCGGACUCGGUGCGGCUGCUGGCACCACAGCUGCGCUUGCGGUUGCCGGAGGUGGAGACGCUGCUGCUGCUUCCGCCGACGACAAGACCUCUUCCGCCUACAAGUACCUCCAGAACACUUCCGACUACGAAGACCUGCUGUCCAAAUACGACACCUUCCUAUUCGACUGCGACGGCGUCCUCUGGUCCGGCGACGAGACCAUUCCCGGCGUCGUCUCGGUCCUGCAGAAGCUCCGUCAGCGCGGCAAAUCGAUCAUCUUUGUCACCAACAACGCGUCCAAAUCCCGUCAGACCUACCUCAAAAAGUUUGCCGGUAUGAACAUCGAAGCCGCCAUCGACGAAGUGUUUUCGUCUUCCUACGCUUCCGCUGUCUACCUGAAAAAGGUGCUUGACUUCCCCGCGGAUCGCAAGGUCUACGUGAUCGGCAUGCACGGCAUCGAGGAGGAGCUGGAUGCAGAAAACAUCCUGCACUGCGGCGGCACGGAUCCGGAGGACAACAAGUUCUUGCCCGCACUCGAUUUUACGUCGCUGCAGAACGAAGAUGCGAUCGACCCCAAGGUGGGUGCGGUGGUGUGCGGAUUCGAUAUGCACAUGUCGUACAUCAAGCUGGCCAAAGCGUUCAAGCACUUGACUCGCCCCGGGUUCGAUGGGCCUGUUGAAGCUGGUGUGAAUGGUGGAGGAUGCCACUUUAUCUUGACAAACGACGACUCGACGUUCCCCGCGAAAGGCGGACCCUGGCCGGGUGCGGGAAGCUUGUCGAGCCCGCUCAUCUUCUCGACCAAACGCACACCGACGAUCGUGGGCAAACCGCAUAAGCCCAUGCUCGACUGCAUCAUCGCGACGAAGCAGUUCGACCCAAAGCGCGCCAUCAUGGUCGGUGACAGACUCAACACCGAUAUCGAGUUUGCAAAGGCCGGGGGGAUCGCGAGUCUGUUGGUGCUGACGGGCAUUUCGACAAGGGACGAGAUCGAGAGCCCGCACGCGAAGACCGUGCCUGACUACUUGAUCGAUAGCUUGGGCAAUUUAGAUGCCGUUCCAUAG